AUGACGACGAUGGUUACGGCCGGUACCCCGCUCGCGGAGGCGUUGGCAAAUGCGAUUCAACCAAAGCUGGUCGAAAUGGGAUGGAGCUCCGACAGUGGGGAUGACUCGGCGUUGAUCGAAUAUGUGGUUCUGAUGCUGGUCAACGGCAAGACCCAGGAACAGAUUGCCGAAGAACUAUCAAAUGAUCUGCUCGGUCUGGGCGAGGGCGAUACGCAGGCGCUGGAUUUCUCAAGAUGGCUUUUUGAACAGGUCGACUUCUUGAACCAACAGAUUAACGGGGAAGGUGUACCGACAACGACAGAGGCGGACUCCAUGCAGACAAUCCCCUCCUUCGGUGACCAAACCGCGUCUCUACCUUCGCAGCCGAUGUCACAAGACGGUGUACUGGAUGCGGAUAUGAGCAUGGGCGAUGGUGGGGCCGCGAACGAUGCGAUACCCACAGGACCUAAAGCAAUGCGCAACGGUCGCCACGGGGGACGAGGCAGAAUGCUCAACCAGAUCAACCGAGCGAUGGACCGUGCCGACGGCCCUCUACACCGUAUACGGGGCCAGUCGGGCGCCGGCGCCGGCCGAAUCAAUGCUCAUGGCAGAGAUCAUCCGAAGGGGCGCUUCCAGAACGGCGGCGGUAGAAUGGGUGGCGGGCGUCAAAUGGGUGGAAUGGGCAUGAACCCGAACCAAAUGGCAGCCGCCGGGAACAUGAUGAACAUGCCGGCGAACGAUCAGAUGCACCUGAUGUCUCUUCUCGAGGAACAGGCGCGCAUGAUGGCUCAAUUCAUGCCUGGAUUUGUCUCUCCGGCGAUCAAUCCGGCCUUCCAACCCAACGCCCCCCAACAAGGUCGCUCUCUUUUCGACCGUGUCGAGCGCCAGCAAGGCCGCCGACCGCAGGGAUUCUCUAACAACCGACGCGAGAAGAACGCUGACGUCGAUAUGGAUAUGAAACCCGACCAAGCACAGGACGGCGAACUGGAUGAGAACAACACCAACAACGUCUGCCGCUUCAACCUCCGAUGCACCCGGAAAGACUGCCCCUUCGCACAUCAAUCACCCGCCGCUCCCGAGGGAACUCCCGUGGAUAUCUCCGAUAACUGCUCGUACGGCGCAGCUUGCAAGAACCGGAAGUGCACAGGCCGACACCCGUCACCAGCUGUUAAGUCGGCACACCAGGCUGAAGCGCUUUGCAAGUUCUUCCCGCAUUGUGCCAAUCCUCAUUGCCACUUCAAACACCCCGAAAUGCCACUGUGUCGCAACGGGGCCGACUGCUCCGUGUCUGGUUGCAAGUUUACCCACGUUCAAACCCCAUGCAAGUUUAACCCGUGUCUCAACCCCAGUUGCCCCUACCGUCAUGAAGAGGGCCAACGGGGGUCGUUCCAUGACAAAGUGUGGACGCCCGGCGAGGAAAAGCCCCAUGUUAGCGAGAGGAAGUUCGUGGCCGAUGAGGGCGGCGCGGAGGAAUUGAUCAAGCCCGAAGGUCCCACGGAGGGCUCCUCGCAAACCCAAGAGAUCUUAACGUGA